ACACAGCACAACUUCCUGCUGCCCUCACCGGGCUAGUACGAGUCUGAACAUGGGAUACUACUAUUACUUAUGAGCCUCACCGACACAAACGCGGAUUCUUCGAUGCAGACAUUUAUCUGAUCAAUGGACUCCGAGUGUGAGACUGGGUGAUAAUAUCAUCAUGCCAUCAGCGAAGCUGCUGAAGAAUGCCCAAUACAUUGAAUUGGACAGUUACCAGUAUUGGCCAGUUCUGGUGCCCAGAGGAAUCCGCCUGUACACUUUUGAGCAGGUGCCGGGAUUCCUACGGGAAAAUCCUUAUAUCACUGAUGGCUACAGAGCCUACCUGACCUCUAGACUGUGCAUUAAAAGCCUUUUCAUUCUGUCCAAUGAGACGGUUAACAUCUGGAGUCAUCUGUUGGGGUUCUUCCUGUUCUUCACGCUGGGAGUUUAUGACUUGUUGGCAGUGCUGCCUAUGUUAGGAGCGUCCAGAGAGGACUAUGUCAUAUACUCCAUAGGCCUCUUCUGCUUCCAGGUGUGCAUGCUGUGUUCUGUGGGCUAUCACCUGUUUUGCUGCCACCGUUCUGAAAAAAACAGCCGCCGCUGGAUGGCACUGGAUUAUGCUGGGAUCUCCAUAGGAAUCAUAGGCUGUUACAUUCCAGGAGUGUUCUAUGCGUUCUACUGCAAUAACUACUGGCGGCAGGUGUACCUGGUAACCGUUCUGGCCAUGAUACUGGCAGUGUUCUUCGCCCAGAUACACCCUCAUUACUUGACCAAUAAGUGGCAGAAGCUUCGCUCUGUUAUAUUCUGUGCUGUGGCGGGAUAUGGCCUCAUCCCCACCUUUCAUUGGAUCUGGCUCAGUGGGGGUUUCAGCUCAGACAUAGUCCAGGAAUUUGUUCCCAGAGUGCUGAUAAUGUAUGUACUUGCUGUAGCUGCUAUCAUCUUCUACAUGUCCAAAGUUCCAGAGCGUUAUUUUCCAGGUCAGCUGAACUAUUUGGGCUCCAGCCAUCAGGUGUGGCACAUAUUGGUGGUGCUCAUGUUCUACUGGUGGCAUCAGUCUGCACUUUUCAUAACCAACUAUCGACACGCUCACCCUUGCUCCGACUACCUUCUUCAUUCCUAGAGUUACGGGAUCGAGGGACACCACUGAGGACUGUUGUAUAGCAUUUUAAUUGAUCUGAAAGCUUGAACACAUUCUGUGUUUAUAAAAUAUGAUUGCAAGGUGUAUGGAUUUUUUUUUUUUUAAUUGUCUAUCGAUUUUGACACUUUUUAUACAUUUUGUAAAAGUGCCUAGAUGUUUCAGUAUAAUUAUAAUUUAAAGGCACUUGAGGUAAGCAGUGUUAGGCUUUUAAAAGCACUUUUAAAAAUCAAGGUUAAGCACCAUUUCACAGCGUCUGCAUGUGGGGGUUUCUACAUCUAUACAAAUGUACUUCUUGGGUAACAUGCAGGUUAUGUGGGCAAAACGUCUGUUACAUGAUAAUAGUUAAACAUUCAGUAUAGUAUUGUGAGUUCAAUACUAUUUUGAUGUGUACUUUUUGUAUUUGCGCCUAAAAUUCAACGAUUCACAAGCUUAAUAGUACCACACUUAUGAUUUAUGUUGGGUUUGUGUGAACAUGACUUUUGAAAUAAAUGUACAUGAUAUAAUAGUUUAAAUGAGACUUAAGUCAUAUAGUCUUAUUUAAAACAUUUAAUAAACCAGAGAGAUUUGAUAGGGCUUGUUCAGUGAUUGGUGAAAUAAUCAAAUGUUUUACAUAAGUGGAAAAUAUAUUUUUAGUUACUCCAUAUUGUAAUACACACAUCAGUAUUAUUUAUAUUGAUGUAGAGCGAUGACUCGUUGUUUACCAUUUGCUUUUACUUAGUCUGUUUACUCCGUUACAAUGGCAAUUUAAAAAUCCUUCCAUACAAUGAAUGCAUUUUACACUACUCUGUAUAUUGCAUUUCAUCCAUUUGUAAUCUAAGAUAUCAAGUCACAAAUUUAUCACUAAUGUGAACGCUACAUAUUUCAGUUCAUUUUCUGCCUUACAAUAGCGAACUGUAGAGCUGUACAGUUGCAUUUUUUUUAAACAUAGUACAAUGUGUUUUUAGUGCUUAAUGGUAGGGUGAUGUGCUGUUACUGAAUCAUGAUGCUUCAUUAUGUAACACUUAUUUUUAUUUAUUUUUACCACAUAUGGUAUGGUUGGUAAUAUGUUGGGAUAUGCGUUCUUCGGUACACCUGAUUAAACAUUCACUUUGUCCUUUUCAACUGCAGUUUUAAUGACAGUUCUUUUAAUAAAAGAUAUGACUGACAAAAAAAAAAAACGGACUCAUGAUCUCCAAAAAAUAUUUUAUUGCAU